AUGUCACCACACGAAGCACUUUUUGGACAAUGUAAGUUAGAACAUGGUUCAGACUAUAAGCUUCUUAAAAAUCUCAAUGGAUUAAAUAACUCGGAUUUCAAAAUUUUACCGAAAGCCUGUAAGAUGAACAUUAUUCAUAAUCGCGUCAAAGAAUCUUUGGCUAAAGCACAUAAGACUUAUGAAAAGACAUAUAAUACUAGUAGCAAAACUUGCAAAUUCAAAGAAGGGCAAGUUGUCUUGAAACGCAACUUUAUAUUAAGUGACAAGUCCAAAAAACGAAAUGCUAAGUUAUGCCCAAAAUUCAUCCAAGCAAAAAUAAAGAAAAUUGUUAGCAAUAAUCUUUAUGAGUUGGAAGACCUCAAUGGAAAACCUUUAGGAAUUAUUCACGCUAAAGACUUGCGAACAUGA